CUCAAUAACCUGAAUAUCGGUGAUGUGACACUUUUAUUCAAAGUGGGUCCCGAACCGAAAAUAUAGUAGUCGACCAUUUAUCUCCUCCCAUGCCUCAGGUCCCACAAUCCUCAGCACCCGCUCGAAAUCAAAUCAAAUCUCUUUGUGUCAUGUCAUCAGUCGAUGGGUGUGAGAAAGAGAAAAGAGGAAAGAGGACGUGGUCGGCAGCAAAGACCCAAGAAACACUCAGCGACACCGAGUCGCCCUCCUGCGAUGCCGCGGUCCUUCCUCGUCAGGAGCAAACGGACUCAUGUCCCCGGCUCGUACAGGGACAGACAGCACCCCCGGUCCCACACUGAUGAUCAGGCCCUGCAGCAGGGGGGGGGACAGGACAGGGGGCGUCCUGCCAGUCCCUCCACCUCAGGGGUCACAGACUUGGUGCCUGAAGCUUCCCCGGUGGAUGAGAUGGAAGUCCAGUUCAACAGUGGCUCCACACACGAUUCUUCUGCUGCAGCAAGAGACGCCGCUCGUCCCGUCUCCAUGUGGCCGUCCGAGAGAGAGAGGGAGCUGGAGAAACUGGUCUUCAUGCUCCUCAACCACACGUCCCACGUUGACCUGAAAUCCCCGGUCAGCCAGUGUCCUCUCUGUGAGAAGCCUCUUUCAGAAUUUCACCUUCGCAACAUUUUCUCCUUCCCGCUGACGACAUCCCCCAUGACCUCUGACCUGAGCCGCGUGCCCUUUGGCUUCACUGCACUCGGCAGCUAUGGUCGAGCGAAGGAGCGUAGCUUUGGCUGCAAGGUGUGCGGCAAAGUGUUCAAGCGCUCGUCCACCCUGUCCACGCACCUCCUCAUCCACUCGGACACGCGCCCCUACCCGUGCCAGUACUGUGGGAAACGCUUCCACCAGAAGUCCGACAUGAAGAAACACACCUUCAUUCACACGGGGGAGAAGCCGCACGUGUGCAAGGUGUGCGGUAAAGGCUUCAGCCAGAGCUCCAACCUCAUCACCCACAGCAGGAAGCACAGCAGCCAGCAGCCGUUCAGCUGCGGCCGCUGCAGCAGCAGCUUCCAGCGCAGGGUGGACCUGCAGCGCCACCAGGAGGCGCAGUGCUGCUAUGAGAACAUGUACAGCCUGAGCUGA